GAAGGCAAACAGACGCCUACCGAGUUUUCAGCUUCAACGGGAGAAUAAUGGCGUCCAAAUUAGAGGAAGAUCUCAGCUGUCCGGUCUGCCAUGAAAUCUUUAGAGAUCCUGUCAUCCUGUCCUGCUGCCACAGCUUCUGCAGAGACUGUCUGCAGACCUGGUGGACGGGGAAAGAAGGAAAGGAGUGUCCAGUUUGUAAGAGACGAUUUUCCAAGGACUUACUUCCUGCUAACUUUACGUUAAAGAACCUGUGUGAGAGUUUCUUACAGGAGAGAGAUCAGAGAUCCCCAGAGGCUCUCUGCACUCUGCACUCUGAGAAACUCCGACUUUUCUGUCUGGACCAUCAGCAGCCGGUGUGUCUCGUCUGCAGAGAUUCAGAUAAACACACCGACCACACGAUCAGACCCAUCGAUGAAGCUGCACAGGGUCUCAGAGAGGAGCUCCGGAAGUCUCUGCAGCCCUUACAGGAGAAACUGAAGCUCUUUGAACGCGUCAAAGUGAAGUUUGAUCAAACAGCAGGACACAUGAAGGUCCAGGCUCAACACACAGAGACGCAGAUCAAGGAGCAGUUCAAGAAGCUUCACCAGUUUCUAGAAGAGGAAGAGGAGGCCAGGAUGGCUGCACUGAGGGAGGAAGAGCAGCAGAAGAGGAGGAUGAUGGAGGAGAAGAUGAAGGCUGUGAGCAGAGAGAUAGCAGCUCCACAGCUGCCCUCAGGAGCUCUGAUAGACCAAGCCAAACACCUGGGCAACCUCAGCUUCAACAUCUGGAGCAAGAUGAAGGACAUGGUGUCCUACUCUCCCUCAUACCUGGACCAAACACUGCUCAUCCAUACAUUGCAUCCUGGUCUGAAGAUCUGA